AGGCAUUUUGUUUAUCAGCAUAAAAAUGAAAUUCCUACUGGUGCACUACAGGAACAUUUUUAUCCAAAGUUUAAAAUUCAUGAAUUAAGUUGUGCCAGCACGCGUGCAAAAGAUCUCACGAUGGGUGGAACGCAUCGAGAAAACGAUGAAAAUGAUGUAGACAACACAGAAAAUAGAGGCGCUCGAGGACUUGAUGAACGAGUUAGUGGUGAUGACAACAGUGAAUUCAGAACUAGAAGUGAUGAUAGAGUGAAUAAUAUCUGUAACAGUGAAUCAAAACUAGCUGCAGGUAACAUUCAACAAGAAAAUACUGUGCACAACAAUCUAGAAAUGCAAGGUGUUGUGCAAGAAUCGAUCUGCAUGGAAGCCACAAACUCCUCCCAAAGAUGUAAGGGGGAUUCCCAGGCUGCCUCAGACGAAACAAAAGACGGGGCUGGAGGCCAAAAGAAAAGCCCCAGAAGCAGCAGGCUAUCAUUGGCAUCAUGCAGUGCGUUUAUCAUCCAGAAGAUGGAAGACGGCUUCGAGCGACACGGGCGACGGGUGGCGACGUACCCACUCUCGACAAUCGCGAUUUGUGUCACCGUGACGCUCGCAAUGGGCAUCGGUGUCAUCAAUUUCAGAUCGGAGCUCCGCCCGUUCAAACUUUGGUUGCCACAAAACUCAGCAUUCAUUAAGAUGUUGGAUUGGCAGAAUGAACAUUUCCCGACAUACUUCAGGCGCCACAUGUUAUUGUGGGAGUCGGAAAACGUCUUGACUGCUCACGCCAUGCAGGAGAUAUGGCAUCUGCACCAGGCAGUGAACGCUGCUGUAGAACCAAAGUCCGGCAAUACAUGGGAAGACGUCUGCGCAAGGCUGCCGUCCCUCAGCGUCGAAGAUAACAGCAAUAAAGACUAUGAUGACUAUGAGCUCGGGACGCUUGACUUUAGACGCCGACGUAGGGAAGUGAUUGAGGAUCUUGAUGACAUCAGUUUCGCUUUGUCGCGCGAAAGUUACUGCAAUGUUCUGGAUGAACUGCCUUCAUUUUGUUACGAAACCAGUCUUCUGGAAAUUUGGGGGCUCAACGAAGAUAUAAUUAUGAGUCUGACUGAUGAAAAGGUUGUCAACGAUUUUAAUAAUGCGACUAUAAGUGAUGUGUUCGGGGUUAAAACUGAUUUUCUUUCAUACGUCGGCGACGUGCAGAGAGAUGAUUCAGGGAAGAUCAUUUCGGCCAAGGCUACCCUACAAAUUUGGAUUAGCAAGAUCGAUGAAGAUGCGGUCGACAGAGGCGACUACAAAGUGGACCUCUCUAGUGGCCAGCUAGUGGAUACUGCCAGCAUGGAUUGGGAAAGUGUGUGGCUUGACACAGUCUUGCAACAGAGCCCAAGUAAAAUGACAGUCUAUGCCAACGCAGCGAGUAGUUUUGGCAACGUCAGCGAUAGUAACAUAUGGGGAGACGUAACGUUUCUUACUGUUGGAUUUGCUCUGAUGUUCAUAUUCGUCAACGGCACGCUGGGGCGUCGCAACAAAGUGGAACAGAGGCCUCUACUCUCAUUGUUCGGUCUAAUGAGUGUCUCUAUGGCUCUGCUGUCAUCGUACGGAAUCUGUUCCGCCAUGGGCAUCAUGUACUCUCCCGUGAACUCAAUAUUACCAUUACUGUUGAUAGGUCUAGGCGUCGAUGACAUGUUUAUCAUCGUAUCAACUUGGGAUACCGAUACAGAAGAAUUAGCAAACGCAGGCAAAGGUCACGAAGACGACGAUCUGGUGGCAAAGGCAGGCAGGACCAUGCGUCACGCUGGGGUCGCUAUCACUGCCACGUCACUAACGGACGUCACUGCAUUCGCUAUUGGAGCGACGACUGAACUUCCAGCUUUGCAGUCUUUUUGUGCAUACGCCAGUGUGGGCAUUAUGAUUGUGUACAUUCUGCAGUCAUCUUUCUUUUUAGCAUGGUUGACGUUCGAUGAAAAACGCUUGAGGCAAAAAAGGAACGGGUUAUUGUGGUUCCUCACUCAUAAAGACUGGAAGCCCUCACACUGCAGCAAAGUUGACAUCCUCAAUAGGAUGUUCAAAUGGUACGGCGAAUUCUUAAUGAAAGUUCGUUAUCUUGUGCUAAUCGUCAGCGGGGUGCUUUUCAUUGGGUCAAUUAUUGCCACCACUUACCUCAAACAAGAAUUUAACCCUAAUUGGUUUGUGCCGCGAGACUCUUACUUAGCCGACUAUUUCACGACAUACAAGACUUAUUUCAGUAAAGAAGGAGCCCACAGUUUCUUUUUCUUUGCAAAUGAUGGCAUGGCGGCUAAUUUACCACAGUUGAUAGACUUCAAUAGCGCACUGCAGCAUGCCAAUUCAGUUCUAAACGUUCAUGGAUGGUUCAACUUGUUCAAAACGUAUGUAGAACUGAAUGGAGAACUGUCCAACCGCACAUGGAACGAAGAUUUCUUCUCUGAGGCCAUAUCUCUUUUCCUCUACACACCCACCGGUGGCGCGUACAGAAACGACCUGGUGUUUGACGGAGAGGUAGAAUGCAACGUAUCUGCGCCACCACUGAAAUAUUUCCGCAUUCCAUUCAAGCACAGACCAGCCGACACUCCGGUGCAGCAGCAGGAAGCAACAUCAGAAAUCAAUUCCCUUCUGACGCGCUUCAGCUUACCAGGGUUUCAGGGCACGUGGUCUGAAGCUUACAGUAUUUGGGAGACGAACACGGUGGUAGGGGAAGAGCUGCUCAGGAACAUGUUGCUAACAGGCCUCGUCAUCAUGGCUACCACAGUUGUACUCUUGGUGUCCUUCAAGGCCGCGUGUUUGGUGCUCAUGUGUGUCGCUGCGACGGUGGUAGGUGUGGCCGGAUCGAUGCAUUUAUCCGGGUUCACCAUUGAUACGGUCUCAUGCAUUUCGCUCGUACUAAGCAUAGGUCUGAGUGUGGAUUACUCUGUUCAUAUCACACACACGUUCCUCACGGAAAACUCUACUGAUGAUCGACUAGAGAGAACGAAGUUGAGUCUGGCCCGCGUGGGUCCAGCGGUCCUACAAGGCGGUGUCUCUACCCUCAUUCCCUUCAUAAUGCUCGCUUUCUCAAACUCGCACGUUUUUGUAACGUUCUUCGUCGUCUUCACACCCACCACUGUUCUAGGAAUGUAUUACGCGCUAGUGUUCCUGCCCGUGUUGUUAUCCUUCGUAGGACCUCCCCCAUACAAUACCCAGACAUCUCUUAACGUGACGACCAAUGGCUGCGUAAACAACGGCUACGCUCAUGACUCCUCAGAUCCUAAAGUGGAGGGAGAGAGAAGCGUUAACUCACUAGACUUAUGACCUAGCAUACGGACAAGGAAAUAAUACUCUAUUAGAUUAAAGAAUAAUUUAAUUA